AUGGAAGAUCGCCCUGGGAAGGACGUGGCUUUACAUGAACGUGUUCUAAGGAGGAGAAGGCCAGGCAUGAAUCCGGUUGGCGUAAAGAAAUUUACUGGCAUCCCAUAUCAACUGCAUUGGAAUUCUGUUUCCUUAAAGCCAACUGUACUCAUACCAUGAAAAUAGGAGACACCCCUUACACACCCUGGUUCGCUGCUGACAAGAAAUGUGGGAAGAUUGUUAGUGCUUAUUGA